UAACAUGAAACUGGGAUAACUCUCUCUCUAGUUUCAGUCUCAUCCAUGGCUUUAGAUGCCUCAGCAGAAAUUACCCAUAAAACCCAAUUUAAGACCUACUAGAACCAGGCAAUGAAUGAAUUCUGUCCAUUAAAAAACUGCUCCUUAUCCAUUUCUCCACUAGUUGGUUGGUCUUGAUUCAUCCAUAGCGGGCGCUUGCCUUUGAAAGACAAUCAAAGGAAAAACUUUGCAAGGGUGAGGAAGGAUGAAGAUCAAACCAGUUCUUCAUCACAACCACCCCAAAAUCACAUCAACAACCCCUACACCAGCCCUCCCCAUUACUUGUCAUCACAUCACCAAAACUCAAACCCUGAAAACCCUUAACCCCAACCACACACAAAGCCAGAGGCUGAGGAUCUGUACAAACCCAACAACAACCAGAAAGAGAUUCUCAACCAUAUCAGCAGCAACACUUCAGCCUUCACAGCCUCUCGAUCUAACUGAAGACAAUAUCAGACAGGUCUUGGCAGAUGCAAGAAUUGAAUUUGGACAGCUCUUUGACACUUCUGUUGGCAUGACAGGGCAAGUUGAACUUGCCGAACUGGACGGGCCCUAUGUGAAGAUCAGUCUCAAAGGCCGGUUUUGGCACGAGCGCAGUGUGGUUCUGGCUAGACUGGCCAAUUAUCUCAAGCAGAGGAUCCCUGAAAUUUUGGAGGUAGAUAUAGAAGAUGAGAAACAAUUGGAUGACAGCCCUGAAAACUUUUAGAGCUACUCACUGCCAUUUCCACUGGUUUUUCUUUUUCUUUUUCAUGGUUUUUCCCAAAAUUGCUCAUCAUUUCUGUGAACUUCAGUUAAACAAGUUUUAGAGUGAGAAGGAGACAAUAGCAAUUUAAUGAGCGUAUUAAACUUGUGUAUUUAUCGGUUGACCAAAAAAAAAAAAAACAAAGAUUGUGUGUUUA